AUGCGGUACGAGAACUGGGACGUGCUGGUCUUCCCUGAAACCUCCAAGGUGCCGCUCCAGGAAUUCAAGACGCAAUGUUUUGUCACCAAGGAUAAAGAAUCACCCUACCUGCACAGUCCCGCUCUUCUCAGCCCGGCUUCUUGCUCUGUAUCACACGGCAACCUGGGCCAGCUGCCAGUCCUUACUACCUUCAUCCCAAGUAUGCGUCUGAAUACCCCCUUUCGAGUAUCGGUCCAUAGCUGGGAAAAGCCCAUGCCCAGCCGGUUGAUGGAAAGCCUCCUGCAACCGGAAGAUGCUUUGCUUUUCGAGAUUCGGAUUUUUAUAGAUGGGCUGUGUGUUUCGGGUAGCGUAUUCAACCAGAGAUCUUCCUGGCCGAAUAUUAUCGAUCUGAGUUCCUACGUCGACAAGAGCGGUAACCAGGAUAGCCUCCGUUUUCCAGCGUUCCACCAGGAGAUUCUGGAACAGAGACAUUGGGAUGCGGGGGAGACGUAUGGCAGGAUCCGCGUCGUGAUCGCCGAAGGGUUCUCUCGCCCGCACCGCUCCCCGCCGUUUGAACGAGUCAAGGAGAUUGUUGCGUUUGCUUUUCAGCAUGCUCCUCUGCAGGUUCUGGAGUAUUCCAAUAUUGCCUGGCCCAACGCUUCCAUGUGGACCCGAGAACCACGUCUCUUCAAGUACAAUUCGGCAGGCGGCCCCAGCGAGCCAAAAGAGGCUGAAGAUUUCCAUGCCCACUCACCGACAAGGCACGAUGCUCGACGGAUUAUAGCACCCAGGAGCCAGAUCAGUAGUCAGUCGGGGGGAAGUACCUGGGCGUAUAGGAAUUACCAACGGCCCAUGCCCCAGUAUCAAGCCCCUUCAAGUGAGUCAAGAUGGAACACUCAGGAACAGUGUAUGCCAGAUCCGUUCAUCGAUCCUAUUGUCCUCGACCCAACUGCACGUCAUCGGGGAGCCAGACCGUCCUGGGAGGACGUACCCAUGCCAGACUAUGCCUCCAGCUCCGGUAGUAGUCGUGCUAUCUCGAGCAUGACAGGCAUCAGCUACGAACACAGCAAGAAUGCUAGCAUUGUCACUCCCAUGGAUGAAGCGUCAUACAGCCAGCUGAUUGAAGCCUUGAGUCCGCCAAAGCCCCUGAACUGUGGCACCCAGGCACCUACCAACACACCUUCUACCGCUAUGCCCAUGGGAACCAAGCUUUCUGCGGCGGCCGAAGCACGCUCGGCACCCUACACCAAGAACAGCAGUCGGGCAUCGGCAUUGAAGGAGAUUUCGCUACCCGACUCUAGGGAAAUCUCGAGAACUAGCACCAGAUCUAGCGCUCCUUCUGAUACAACAGCCGAUGUUACUGUGGCCAACAAGAUCAACGCUAGCCCUAGUCCGCAAGUCAAAAGCAGGAAGGAGGGUUUGUGCCUGGAGAAUAAGGGGAACGAAUCCUCCGUGGAUUCUCCCAUCAAAGAAAAUGAAAGGGCUCACCAGACUCCCCCCAGACCAGUAGUACGGACGAGCGGCAAUACGGAAACCCCCACGGGGUCGAAACCAAAGCCAUCAACAAGCUCUGCCCGUGGGGAGAGCUCCCCUAUUUCCAAAGGAGAAAGCGUCCUGUUCUCGCCUACCCAGGAUUUGUCCGCAGGACAUCAUGUUCAGCAAGCCGAAUUUGAUGACUUCCUUGAUGUGAGAUCCCAGCUUGUGGGGUCGGUCUUGGAAGUAGGUGAUAUCGAUUGA